AUGGCGGGCGAUAUCCAGUCCAAAGAUCCACUGCAAAUAGUAAAAUAGAAGUUGUUUAUUUUUUCCUGGCUAAAACCAUGGAAAUAGUGGACGUUGAAGACGGACGCCAAUGUGACCCGACCGCGGUCACUAGAAAGAAAAGUUUAUGGGCUAAAAUUAACAAUAGGACGACGUAUAGUUAUUUAUUCAACAUUGUGAUUUCAAUUUUAUUGCUCACGUGUUUAGUUUUAGUGUUAUAUUUCUUCAAAGAAUAUUUGAAGACGAUAUUAUAUUGGGUGGACGCGCAAGAUCCGUGGAUAAUAUUUUUGUUGUUUAUGGGUAUGUUUUUAAUUGUGAGUUUCCCAGUGACGAUCGGGUACUUGGUGUUGAUAAUUACGAGUGGAUAUUUGUUCGGGAUUGUGAAGGGGUUGGGUACGGUGUUGGUGAGCGCGAAUUUCGGCGUCGCCGUGGCGCACUUCACGCUGAAAGCGCUCAAAGACUAUCUGCCACUAGACCGGCUGCUGAAGAACGAUACAGCCAGAGCGCUGCUCAAAGUAAUCUCCGGCCCGCAGGCCUUCAAAAUCGUUUUUUUCGCAAGACUGACUCCUAUACCCUUUGGUCUGCAAAACACGAUAUUUGCUGUAAGCGACGUGCGCGGGUGUGGCUACCACCUUGCAACAUUGCUGGGUCUCUUACCAGCGCAGUUGAUCAAUGUGUACCUCGGCUCUACACUCCGCUCAAUGCACGACGUACUCCACGAAUCGCACGUCACGGGAUACAUAGUCUUCGCCUUUCAGAUCCUGAUCGGCAUAACCCUGAUGGUAUGGGUUGUCCAGAAGGCGCGGAAAGAGCUGACAAUAGCAAUCAUGGCGGCCGAAUUAGGCCGAGACACGAUAUCAAGUUCCAGCAGUUCCUCGCUCAGCUAGCCCACGGCCAAGGCAUCCACUGAUGUGGACAGUGUAUCGGAUCCCUCCAGCUAGGGUCUACCUCUCGGGUGUAUUGGAACCCAAAAUGAAGAAACUUAUGUGUGAAAAUUCAUACUAUGCACCUGGUACACACCAGACCGAACGAUGAAAUGUCUUGUGACAAUCGCCAGGGGUGUAAAAGCAAACAGGAUCAAUCCUGUACAUGUAGUUGUUAGACAAAGUAAGUUAUGUAUAAAACACAUCGAGUUAGAAAACAAAACUUCUGGAAUAUUUGUGAAAUCUUCAAAAUUAGUUUUCCUUAAUUGCACCCCCCACUAAAAAGAAUCGAGUAUAAAAAGUAGUUAAUGUCUUUGCCAGUGGCUAGGGUCCAAAUAACUACGAUUCUUACGGCCUUUUUCUAACAAAUUUGUGCUCCAACUAUGCUGCACGGUAAGCGUGGGUUAUAGCAUUUGCUGCGUUACUUCUUGAUCAGUUUACGUCCUUCCACCCUUCGCCACUGGUCUGUAAAACCCAGGGGUUUCCAAACUACGGCUCACCAUAGUUUAUAGUUUACUUUGAUUAGUAAGCAAAUCGUGCAAAAUAAUAAUCAGAAGUUUUCAGAUGUUUUGUACUACUGUAGCUUUGCCACGUUCUGCGAUUAACUUUACUCUCCUCAAGAUGUCAGUACUGUAGUUUGACGUGGUUGUAUUGUGUGUAUGACUACAUAAUGAAGAAUGAAGAAAUAUUAUUUGCACCUGUGAAUGUUAUCCCUUGGAACGCCUUAUCCUUUCUACAAUAAUAGGGAAAUAAAACCAUUAACACUUAUUUUACUUAAAGCCAUCUAGUAUUUAACCAGAAAUAGGAGAUGAAGUAAGGGCCAUCUAUCCCUGGCAACUCAUCAGGUAAAUGGGUCUUAUAUC